AUGGGAGGCUCCAGCACGCUGCAAAGCUUGACCCCAAAGAACAUCUACAUCAUCGGCGCUCAAUGCACCGGCAAAACUUCACUCGUCAACGCCUUAGAAAAUGCCUUUCGAGAGUCACCCAGCACCACACCUCCUGCUAUUGUGAAAGAGGUCGCGCGCUCAGUGCUAAAAAUUCAUGGAUUCACAGCCCAGGACAUCACAUCGGAUCCUGGCAGAUGCCUGCAGCUACAGACGCUCAUAUUGGAAGCCCAGUUCAAUACCGAGCGAGAGGCUCUAACCAAGCAUGACUGGAUCAUAUCGGAUCGUUCCGGACUGGAUCCCAUCAUAUAUGCGUCGCGUCAUAUUGGAAGCGAAGCCGUGGAACUCAUGGCUUCAUCCAAUUACUGGAAAGAGCUGAUAGAUCGAAUGUCCCAAUCCCUCGUAUUUGUAUGCGAAACGGUGGAGGCUUGGCUUGUAAGUGAUGGAGUAAGGCUUAUGCCGAGAGACCUUCAGGAUUGGAGCGAAUACGAUGACGAAUUCUGCCGUAUGCUGGCCGGUGCGGGGAUACAAUAUCAGAUGAUUCCACGGUCGAUGCAGAAUCUCGAGGAAAGGGUCGCCUAUGUAUGUUCAGAGUGGAAGAAGGUGUAUACUCCAUGA